AGUGAAGAUAUGGAGCUUGUUAUCCACCUACCAGCAAAGGGGCACCGGCAGUGAGCGAGGGAGAAGGAAAGAGAAACAUGAAGAUAUAGAGGGAAGAGGGCGGCUUUAUUUUCGCGGGAUUUGUAGCUUUCGUUCCAUCGCCUUCUAUGUUCCAAUUCAACGCCCUUCAAAUGCGCAAUCUCGAAUUAGCUUGAAAUUCCAAUAUCUGUGUGCGUGAUUUUUCCGAAAAAGCGCGUGUAUAUAAUUUCCGCAUAUUAUCAUUGCUCUCAAUUUCCAGGUUUCUCUGUCCUUCACCCACCACCGAAGAUCGUAUUCUCUUUCGGUCUUCUCUUCUCCCCCCACUUUACUGAUCUCUCAAGGUACUUCUCUUUUUCCAACUAUUCUCCGUGUCCCCGGGGACCCCUUUUGAUGAUCGCCCCAUAUUUUGAUUGUUCUGUAUUGGGUUUCUGAUUCUUUUCAUGAUUUAUGUGUAUUCGUGGCCCGAUCGUCUAUUUCUCGAGUUUUUUGUUAUGGGACUGUCGCAUAAUUUGAAUACCUUUUUUCUUGUCCUGUACCUCGUAUUCAUCAAUGGGUAUAUUGGAUGAGUUAUGUAUGUCCUGGAUAACGACGAUCAGCUUGGUUUUCUGUCGAUGUUGUUAUGGCAUCUCGUCUCCUCAUCAUCAAGGAAAGAAUCCGUGUUUUCAGAGGUGACCCAGAAAAUGAUAUGGUCUAAUGAUGGUUGCUUUGAGGACAAUCCCUUUGGAUACUCAUCCCAUUAACAUUACUGAACAGGGGAUACUAAUUUUACAGAGGAAAAUCACAGUUUCAAUAAUCUAGUGUUUAUUCAACUUCAAGAGGGAGGGUACUGGUUCGUGGAGGCAAUUCUACUUCUGCGAGCUUAUGUACUCUCGUCUCCAUUUUCCUGCAUAAUCAUUGCCCAAGACCUCCAUUUGAAAGCAAGUGAAUAGCUAAAUUGGUUUAUCUGUCGACUUGGGAAUCUGCUGGUUGGAAAAUUGAGAACUAUAAAAAGACUGGUAGGAGUUGGCACAAUGGGUGCUGUCUGCUGCUGUUUGAGCGUGGAGGAUUUUGAAGACUAUGUCAAUCCAAAUAGUUCAGUAUAUAGGAAUUGCACCUGUCUUAGUUGCUUCAUUCAGAGCUUCUUAAAUGCAUACACAUUGGUUUUUCGAAGAGGAGAAGUGCAUUCUGUCUCUUCAUCAAUUCAAGGGGCAACACCUAUGAGUUCUACAGCAUCAACAGAUAACUGUUUAUCUGAAAUGUACCGCUCACCUCCAAGGCCAUUGCCUUAUGAUGCUGACCCCAGGUAUAUCCGCUUGCAGCGGGAUGGAUUAAUUUCUAGGCGAGAGAAGGGGUCAAGCCAUUUACAAGAGGAGUCGGAGCCUUUAAGAGGUGAUGUGGAUACAGAUUCAGAUUCUUUGGGCUCAUCUGGCAAAUGGAAUGGAUCUGCUUGUCUUGAGGAAUCUAAAGAAAUUCUUGGCAAGUCAUCUCUAAAGUUCCCAUCAACUAAAUCUACCACUGAUGUUGGGUAUGCUUAUACAUCCUCUGAAGAUGAGGAUGUCUGUCCAACGUGUCUUGAAGAAUAUACUUCCGAGAAUCCCAAGAUAGUGACGAAAUGCUCUCAUCAUUUUCACCUUGGAUGUAUCUAUGAGUGGAUGGAGAGAAGUGAUAACUGUCCAGUUUGUGGCAAGGUUAUGGCGUUCGAUGAAACGACUUGAUGUGCGGACGAAGACAGCAACAUCUUGGGUAUAACCAACAGCAACAUGGUCAUUUGUGAAUAUUGCAGGAUAAGAUUUUUCUAUCAUGGUAAAUAUUAUGAAUCAAAGUAUAACAAAGGUUGUAUCCUCAUUUUCAAAGAUUAUUUAUAAGUUAUACAGUUGAAUUGAUGUUUCACCAAAAUAUCAUCCUAUUGGGGAAGAAAAAGAGGUGUUGUGAAUGACUGAAACCUUUCCAUUCCAUGUUUUUGGUGUAUCCAUCUGUUUUCUUUCUUUUCUUGGAAGUGAAACAGGCUCUCACCUUUCAACCA